GCAGAACAUCAGGUGAACCUUGACCAGGAAGCAGAAGAACUGGUUAGAGGGGUCAGUUCGGGGACAGUGGUUGCCAUGGUCGGCCAGUUAGGCAACACUCUUUGUGAUUUCCUAAUCAGGACUGCGAAAUACAUGAACGAGCAAAGAGUAAAUUGGGAAAGGACUGAUUUACUAGAAAAUGCAGCUUCUGGGGGUCUAGAAUUAAAGCUGUCGAGUGUGUUGUUAGUGUGUGUUGUGUUUUCAUCCAUACAACUGUGUAAAACGGUCAACCUUGUCGCACAGAUAGUUCUAGUCCUUCUUCUGGUUUUGACUGAGCAUCUCUUUGCGACGCUCAAUAGACAAUCAAUAGACAGCACAAUGGCGAUGUUCAAUACCGCUUACAACACAAAGGUCAGGGUUGAGCUAAUUGCUGCUGUACAAUAGGCGCUGAGGGAGCAGCAAUGGUCGUGGCUGACGGCCGAGUUGUCUGCUGAAAUAAGGCACCGGUCAUACCACCCUGAGUUGGGGGGGAUUAAUUAUGCAGCCUUCCUCUUUCCAUUAUUCAGAUCCCAGCCUUGUUUUGAGGCGGUGAUCGGUUGGCACAGAGCCAGGUGACACCGGGCCAGGUGAAAGGUUGGUCCGGGGGGCCAUGUAGUGACCUAGGUGGGUCAAAGGGUCAAGCCGGGGCAGAACUGAGUUACUGAGCAUUGAGAUUCCGUGUGAUGACCAUGGUAGUAUAGAGAGUUGGCCUAGUGGGGUCUGAUUCAGAGACAAGGCGCUACCUGCACACAUGUGGCUAUAUUUGUUGUUGAUUGCAUGUGAAUAUAUGAAGUUAUUUGUUGUUGAUUGCAUGUGAUUAUAACAAGGUUAUUUGUUGUUGAUUGCAUGUGAUUAUAACAAGGUUAUUGAUGUUUUACUGGUCCUAAUAGCCUCAGCUCAUUUGUUUUUAGGUAAGGCAUUUCUCAUUGGUGUUGGUUUGUUUUUCUCACCCCGAGUGAAAGUGUAUUUGGAGGGAGUUUGACCAAUGCGCUUUCUUAGUUUCAUUUUGUAAAUGUUUAUCAAACUUUUCUCCCCUUCCAAUUUUAUAUUUUCCAAAUUGCGAUUAUGGCCCUGUAGACGCAGCUCCACGGCAGGCGUGGAGAAAGUGGAAGCUGAAGACAUGUCCUAACAUGAACAACUCGUCAAGCCAUACUACUUAUUGUCACACUUCCUGAACCAGAGCGUUUUCCGUGGCUCAUGGAGGCGUUUCCGGACCUACUAUAAGAGCUCGCUAGGGCACGACAAGACGAGGCAGUCCUUUCUGACAACCACCCACCCGGCGCGGGCUUCAAAACGUUACCAGAUCUCCUCGGCAUAGCUGCUGUUAAGCGCUAACUCGCUCUUUCGUGUCGAGCCGUCUACGCCGGCAGCCGUCACAACGCCUGGACACGUUCUAAAUAGGCCGGUCUGGUUUCCACUGCAGAGGGUCAGCCUCGCCUCUCUCCCAUCAAUCGAACGGUGCAGGACCUUCUUGCUCGUCCGCCGGCUACCGCAAGGCAGAUGAUGAGAUGUCCGGGACUACAUCGCAGGCGGAGACCGUAGAUGCCACGGCGCGGACUAUUUUGCUCAACCAACCCCAGAACACCAAGUUCUGUGACAAUCAUGUCAGCACCACUAAGUACGGCGUGCUCACCUUCCUGCCGCGCUUCCUGUAUGAGCAGAUCCGCCGAGCCGCCAACGCCUUCUUCCUCUUCAUAGCCCUGAUGCAGCAAAUCCCGGAUGUCUCCCCCACGGGCCGCUACACCACCCUGGUGCCGCUCAUCUUCAUCCUGACCGUGGCCGGCAUCAAGGAGAUCAUAGAAGACUAUCAACGACACAAGGCAGACAACACUGUCAACAAGAAAAAGACCACAGUUCUGAGGAAUGGAGCUUGGCAGACCAUCAUCUGGAAACAGGUGGCAGUAGGAGACAUAGUGAAGGUGACCAAUGGGCAGCAUCUUCCGGCUGACAUGGUCAUAGUGUCAUCCAGUGAGCCGCAGGCCAUGUGCUACACUGAGACCUCCAACCUGGAUGGAGAAACCAACCUGAAGAUCAGACAGGGCCUCACUCUGACGGCUGGUCACCAAACUCUGGAACAGUUGAUGGGUUUGUCCGGCCGUCUGGAGUGUGAAGGACCUAACAGACACCUUUACGACUUCACUGGGACUCUACGCCUUGACGACCAAAAUGUGGUUCCACUGGGUCCAGACCAGGUGCUGCUGCGAGGUGCCCAGCUCAGAAACACGCAGUGGGUUGUGGGAAUUAUAGUCUACACUGGACAUGACUCUAAACUGAUGCAGAACUCGACCAAGGCCCCUCUGAAGCGCUCCAAUGUAGAGCGGGUGACCAACGUCCAGAUCCUGGUGCUGUUCUGUAUCCUCCUGGUGAUGGCGCUGGUCAGCUCUAUCGGGGCCGCCAUCUGGAACAGACAGCACACCGAGGAGGCUUGCUGGUACCUGUCACGAGCAGGUGACAUUUCCACUAACUUCUGGUACAACCUCUUGACGUUCAUCAUCCUCUACAACAACCUCAUCCCUAUCAGCCUGCUGGUCACUCUGGAGGUGGUCAAGUUCACACAGGCACUCUUCAUCAACUGGGACAUGGAGAUGUACUAUCCAGAGACCGACACACCUGCCAUGGCCCGGACCUCCAACCUCAAUGAAGAGCUGGGCCAGGUGAAGUAUCUGUUUUCUGACAAGACGGGAACGCUGACCUGCAACGUCAUGCACUUCAAGAAGUGCACCAUUGCUGGGAUAACCUACGGUCACUUCCCUGACCAGGAAGUGGACCGUUCCAUGGAGGACUUCAGUCAGCUGCCAUGCACAAGUCAUAACUCCACAGAGUUUGAUGAUCCCACUCUCAUCCAGAACAUCGAGAAGAACCAUCCGACAUCUCCUCAGAUCUGUGAUUUCCUAACGAUGAUGGCGGUGUGUCACACAGUGGUCCCAGAAAGAGAGGAGAACCAACUCAUUUACCAGGCCUCCUCACCAGAUGAAGGAGCUCUGGUGAAAGGUGCCAAAGGUCUGGGCUUCGUUUUCACAGCUAGGACUCCUGGCUCGGUCAUCAUUGAAGCUAGGGGGAAGGAGAAGAGCUUUGAGUUGCUGAAUGUGCUGGAGUUUUCAAGUAACCGCAAGCGCAUGUCUGUAGUGGUCCGAAGCCCUGACGGAACGCUGCGUCUGUACUGCAAGGGAGCAGAUAACGUGAUCUUUGAGCGUCUCAAUGACGCGUCUCAGUACAAAGAUCUGACCAUCGCACAUCUGGAACAGUUUGCCACUGAGGGGCUGCGGACGCUGUGUUUUGCCUACGUGGACCUGGAGGAGGGGGCGUACCAGGAGUGGCUGAAGGAAUACACUCGGGUCAGCACCAUCAUCAAAGACAGGGCCCAGAAACUGGAAGACUGCUACGAACUGCUGGAGAAGGACUUGCUGUUGUUGGGGGCCACAGCCAUAGAGGACCGUCUCCAGGCCGGUGUCCCUGAGACCAUUUCUACUCUCAUGAAGGCAGACAUCAAAAUCUGGGUUCUCACUGGAGACAAACAGGAGACUGCCAUCAAUAUAGGUUAUUCUUGUCGUCUGGUGACACACGGAAUGUCCCUCCUCAUCAUCAACGAGGACUCUCUGGAUGCAACACGGGCCACAUUGACAACCCACUGUACAUCACUGGGAGACUCUCUUGGGAAGGAGAAUGAGCUGGCUCUGAUCAUCGAUGGACAGACCCUGAAAUACGCCCUCUCCUUCGAGCUGCGCCAAGCCUUCCUAGACCUCGCCCUGUCCUGCAAGGCCGUUAUCUGCUGCAGGGUGUCUCCCCUCCAGAAGUCGGAGAUCGUGGACAUGGUGAAGAAGCACGUGAAGGCCAUCACCCUGGCCAUAGGCGACGGCGCCAACGACGUGGGCAUGAUCCAGACCGCCCACGUCGGGGUGGGCAUCAGUGGCAACGAGGGCAUGCAGGCCACCAACUCCUCUGACUAUUCCAUUGCCCAGUUUUCCUACCUGGAGAAGCUGUUGCUGGUCCAUGGAGCGUGGAGUUAUAACCGCGUCACUAAGUGUAUUCUGUACUGCUUCUAUAAGAAUGUGGUUCUCUACAUUAUUGAGCUGUGGUUUGCCUUUGUGAACGGCUUCUCUGGACAAAUCCUGUUUGAGCGCUGGUGUAUAGGCCUCUACAAUGUGAUCUUCACAGCCCUGCCUCCGUUCACUCUGGGGAUCUUCGACCGGCCGUGCAGCCAACAGAACAUGCUCCGCUUUCCCCAGUUAUACAGGAUCACUCAGAAUGCCGAGGGUUUCAACACUAAGGUGUUCUGGGGUUACUGUAUAAAUGCUCUGAUCCAUUCCAUUAUUCUUUUCUGGUUUCCUCUCAAAGUACUAGAACAUGAUACCCCAUUUAGUAAUGGUCAUGGUACUGACUACCUGUUUGUGGGGAACAUCGUGUACACGUAUGUGGUGGUAACAGUGUGUUUGAAAGCUGGCAUGGAGACCACUGCCUGGACCAGGUUCUCCCACCUGGCAGUGUGGGGCAGUAUGAUUCUCUGGAUGCUCUUUUUCGCCGUCUACUCAGCUUUCUGGCCGUCCAUCCCGAUCGCCCCUGACAUGCAGGGCCAGGCUGGCAGGGUGAUGCAGUGCUGGCACUUCUGGCUGGGUCUGGUUCUGGUGCCAGCAGCCUGCCUACUGAAAGACUUUGCCUGGAACGCGGGUCGUCGCACCGUCAAAAAGUCUCUGCUGGAGGAGGUCCAGGAGCUGGAGGCCCGGGCGGUGGACCCUGGGGCCGCCGUGCUCCGAGAUGCCAGCGGACGCAGGGCCAAAGCCAAGCCCCAGAGCUCAGGGCACAGACACAAACACACAGGAAGUGGCCCUGUUUGCUCUGCUGUAAGGACGCGUCUGAACGAGCGUGCUCACCUGUUGACCCGGGUCUUUAGAAAAACACCCUCCAACGUGGGACGAAAAAACUCUGUGCAGCAGAGCAAUGUGUCCCAUGGAUAUGCCUUCUCUCAGGAGGAACAUGGGGUAGUGUCUCAGACCCAGGUGUGUCGAUCCUACGACACCACCCGCCAGCGGCCCAGUGUUUAGCUCCUCCCCCCACCAUUCAAUCCCCCCCCCCAGCCUGCCUGGCUACGGGGCACUCGGCAACGAAUGCCAAGCGAAGAAAACAGUUGCCAAGGCAACAGCGGAUACAGACUGUGGCGAUGCACCCCGACCCUGCUGUGGCCUUAAUGGAACUCAUACAUACUUUGACCUCUGACCGUUGCUAGGCAUGGAUGCCGUUGCUAGAUGUGGAAACACUGCACUGACUGGUCUCCCCGCUCUGACAUAUACACACACACACACGUACACACACUCGUACACUAACACGUGCAAAAA